CUGAAAGAUCUGAAAAGGGUGCCGAAGGCCAGCACCCAAAUGGCCCACCAGGCCCCAAUCUUAUGCAAAAUCCCUUUGCUUUCUCCCUCUAUCUUGUCGGCAGUUCCGACGGUUUUCGCGAACAGAGCCGAGAGCUCUGCUUCCAUUCUAAAAAAUGAACGCUUAGUAGCUUGUCGGAAGUUCCACGAGUUUCGAAGAAAAGCUCUGCGCAGCAUAUCUGAAAACAGCAAUGAACAAAACAGUGAGAAUGGAAAUCAGAUUGGAAAGUAA